GUAGGAUGAGGAUGUUCAUGUUGUUGUUAUAUAAAACACAUUUGUUUAUUGUAGUCAUAUACGGAACUGGACUGGACUUUUGGUGAUUUUUGCUACACUUUAAAUGGCAGGAGGGGGCCCAGCCCACACCGCGUGUCAGCGCUGCAGUCAGUCAUGAUCUGCUGCUAGUUGUUGUUCAGUAGCAACACACACAGACUGGUGUACAAACUGAGCGCUGCGUGCACUGGUAAUGCCAACUGACGGGAUAUAAGCGACGUGUGUGCGGGCGACGGACUCUCUACUAUCUCCAGCAGCAACACUCACGCUUCCUCAGCCGUAUUGGCAGUUGGAGUGGAUGGGAUAUAUGAAAACAAACAUCCUGAGCAGACCCCGCUUGCCUCGGAAAGGAGUGUUACCUCUUCUUACGAGAUCAGAGUUGUUGGCUCCGUCUCUUCUCUCGUCGAUAUUUUUGAAGUGGCGAACAUUCGUGGCGGGUGUAUUUCUAGUUGAGCUGCAUCGGUGAACCAGUCGGACCAGGCGGACUUGCCUUACCCAGCCAUUCGGAAAACAAGGUGCCCUGACUGGCUCCUCGCACCAUUGGAAAAUUAGACGAGAUAGUGCCCGCCACGCAGAGCUACGUUACGGGCUUUCUUGUCCGCAGCUGAGCAUCCUGCAUACCACCCCGAGAUGGAGUAUGACAGCACGCUCUCGAUGGUCGCCCGGUAGAAGGACACCAGCAGCUUCUUGUUCAGUCGGUUCCUCCGAAGCACCCUCAGGAAGUGAAGUCGCUGCUGGGCCUUCUUAACUGCUGCAGUGGUGUGUGCUGUCCAGCUGAGGCUCUCCGAGAUGUGAACCCCCAGGAAAUUAAAGGCCCCGUGGAGAAGCAUGUGAUGACUCACGCAAGGCAGAAGGGUUCCCUCAGGCAGAGCGACUAUAGUGCUGAGCGGUGGGACAACAGCCCUCCUUUACCACAUGUUGGCACUAUGGGCGACACCUGGACUGAGCGCUCACUUAGAUUCGGGAGGACAAAGAAGAUAAGCGAGAUCAUCAAACAGAAGAAAGUUAAGGUCAAGAGUGUGAAUGACAAGGCAGGGAAGAAAGAAAAAUCUGAUCAGAACAGAAAACUUGACCGGAGGCGCGACAAGAAACGGGACAGGAAGUCGUAUCCUUUGCGAGGCAGGGCUGAGACUUCAGACGGGGAGGGGCUCAGCUGUCAUGUCCUCCUUACCCGAUUGGAGGAAAGCAUCCGCGAACAGGAGAGUUGUAAAGAAAGCACGCGAAAGGAUUCACGCAGACAUUCAUCUCUCAAUCCCAAACCCAGAAAAGGGAAAAGCAGUGAAAGAAAAGGGGCAACGUCAUUACCAAAAACCAAAUCAAAUUCAAAAAGCCCUAGUCAUGGAGAGUUUAUUCUUUUCCCAGAACCUCGCAAGCGCAGACUGGCCUCCCUGAACGCCGAGGCGGUCAACAGUUUACUGCUUGAAAGAGGUUCUGACGCUCAGGUGGCAGCUAAACUGGCCAGGAGACAGGAAGAGUCCACAAAUGGACGGUCUGCCUUGGAUGCAAAUCCAACCAGGAGUGGUGUCCCUGGAGGUAUAAAGGGUACGCGUGGAACCAUCACUAAAUCCUCAAAGACGCCCAAACUUGAACUGUGUCAAAGCUCUAAGCAUGUCCAGAAGGCCAAAGCCAACCAAGCAGAGAGCGGGGGGAUGAGCCUGGAGAGUCUGGAUGCCCCCGCCCCCAGACGAUUGGCUGGACUUAACGCUGCAGCCCUGCUAAAGUUAACUAGCUCCUCUGCUACCAGUAAACAGAGAGUAAAGGCUGCACCCACAGCUACUAUCACAACUGACUGCAAUGCUUCUGCUUUGGUCAAAACCCCAAAACAACUCUCAAGGGUCAAACUCAAACACAAGGGAUGCUCACAAAAACAGAAGGGGAAAAAGGUCCCUGCCCUGCACAGUGGGUGCGCAGCCUGCAAGAAUAAGGCGGACUUUGAGCCCAAAGUGGAGUGGGAUACCGGCAACUGCACCCAUCGACUGACCAAACCAGGGUACCAGUCACGCAGCAUGCUAGCAUACCCGCUAAAGCAAGUGAAGGAAGAGCCUCUGGAGACCGAAAUGAGCCCAUACUACUGCUGUCCGCCAGAGGGCUCAAUGGAAUACUGCCACCGCUUGGCCUUCUUCCUGGGCCAGCAGCCCUACGGAGAAUCAGACGAUCAGCCACUUAACUCAGCCAUAACCCCUGUGAAUCGCGAGUGCCUCGUAACCUCACCGUCCCUGACGCAUUCCCACCCACACACAGCUCUGACCCUCAGCCCACACUCCUGCCUCUGCACCGCCGACCACUGCUUCUCUAGCUACUACGUUCAUAUCGCCCACCCGACACACACUGGAACAUCGUCAGCAGGCCUGGCCCCGCAACCUCUGAACUUCCCCCCUUCCGGUUUAUGCCCUAAUCGGACGAAUAGCUCCAAGCUGCUGGGUCCGCAGGUGUCCCACGGCUCGGGGCUGACCCACUCUGCCUACUGCAACUCGGUGGCUUCGCCCUGCUAUGGUGAAGCCUGCGGGAUCAGUGGCUACACCUACAGAGCCAUGCCUCCCGUCACCAGCAGGGGAUGUUCUUUCAGUACAGGAUGCACUGAAUGCACACACAGCAUCAAAACAGAGGGUUACUCCUCCCCUCAGGGUGACCACAGCCCCUCCCUUCUGGUUCCCCCUUCCAUGCCCAUCUCCAGCUGUCCUCUAUCCAGCAUGCCCACUUCCACUCAGACCAAACCCCACCUGUCAGGGCGAGACAAGCCGCAGGCCAGGUUAAAGCUGGCCCCUGAAUGCCCACAGAGCAACAAGCCCUCCAACGGCUCCCGGUCCAUCGGCCGCACACGGCUGCCCCAGAAACAACCGUUGACCUUGCCAAGCUUCAGCAGCACCAAACAAAAGAGAGUCAGCCGAAGACGUGCCACCAACGGUUGGCGGCCUGUGGGAAUGCCCACGGAGAGAGAAGUCUUUAUAGCGGGAGAGGAUGAGAUAGCCCUGCGGCAGUGUUAUGAAGGAGUGGAGAGGGACGGUGAAGUGAUACAUGUCAGAGACACUGUGCUGCUACGAUCAGGCCCCAGGAAGAAAUCACUCCCAUAUGUUGCCAAGAUAUCAUCGCUGUGGGAGGACCCCAAAACAGGAGAGCUGAUGAUGAGUCUUUUCUGGUACUACAGACCUGAGCACACACAGGGAGGCCGAGAUCCCAGCACACACUGUGAGAAUGAGAUUUUCGCCUCUCGGCAUCAGGAUGAAAAUAGUGUGGCCUGCAUAGAAGACAGAUGCUACGUUCUCCCAUUAGCCCAGUACUGUAGAUUUUGUGCCUUGGUGAAGUGGCGUGCCGAAGGCGCCCCACCUGGCAGUGCCAGCGUGGUGCCCUGCCGUGCCGACUUCGCCCCCCCCUCCCACCGCUGUGUGCCCACAGACGUCGACCCCGAGCUGGUGUAUCUCUGCCGGCACGUGUACGACUACCGAUUUGGACGCAUCCUGAAGAACCUGCAGUAGAGGGUUAGACGGGGUGCUUAAAUUAAUCAUAGCAUAGCUCCCCCCUCCUGCACAGAGGCAGUGGUCGGGGGGGGGGGGGGGAUCAGUAGAUGAAGGACUGAAAACCCCUGUCUUUUCUGCUAGGGAUGCUCACGACCACAGGGAAGGGCGAUGAUAGGGUGGGCUUUUUGAGGGAAGAAGCAAAACGUGUUUGACACAUUAUGAAGCACAGAUCCCUUUAGUUGACUACAGAGGGGUUACAAUGCGAUAGAAUCCGUCUCUGUCAGAGCACCGUCACUUCCUGGUUUCUAAAGAGCGAGGAAUGUUCAUUCAUCAGCUACCACAGCACUCUGGGAUACACGGAGGCUCGCGUGCGUCCCUCCCCUCGCCUGCCAGGAAUGCAGAACACCAGGCUGAACUGGGCUCCUGUCAGGGCCGCGUUUCCCCCCAAAGCAUCUUAGCACCACAAUCAUGUUUGUUCCAUUUGUAAGCCAACGGCUCAGUAAUGGUCCGGCGCUAAGGUGCUUCCGGGAGGACACAAGCCUGCGUUGUCAGCUCAAUGUUAACGGUGUUCAACCAGCCGGGGUGAAGGAGCAGCUAAUGGAGAGUGUCGUCUUAUUUCUCCCCGAUUUGAGUUGGGUGUUUCUUAGUGUGUGAAAGAGAGAGUGGGAGACCGAGUGUUUGUCAGUGUGGAUAAAUGGAUAAAUGUGGGUGUGUGAUGUUUUUUUUUUUAAGGAGGCUUUCAGGCAAUCAAACCAAACAAGCAGCUUUAGAGGAAGCGGAGCUCUCUCUCUCUCUCUCUCUCUCUGCCCAUCCUCUCUUUCAGUGUGCCACAGAUACAUUUUCAUCUCCAGUGAGGCCCUGCAUAAACUAGAAUACUGUACCUAAGGGGGUUGUGAGAUUAUUCCUUACCAAACUCAACUCUAGAACAAGGCUUUGGUCUGGACACUCAAAACGGCACUAAACUGAUUUUAUUAGUUAAAACAAAUGUUUGAAUCUCAGCUAUGGUCCUCCUUUAAAGAAGCCUUGUUCUAGAGAGGUUCUACUAACUGCCCAAUAGAAAGAGUUACUGUACCUUAACUGAGGAACCGGGACGCUCCUGAGUCCUGCAAAGGCUUAUAGAGACGUCUUCAUCGUUUUUUCUUGUAUUUUUCCACCAUGGCUUUUCUCUGCCUUAUGACUUGCAGAUAUAGCUUUAUGCUGCUAGUCCCCACAUGCAACUACAGAAGGAAGAACACAUUUAUUCUAAGAAAAAGAUUAUCUGAUUGACAGCUGUGAAAUGAUCAGUAGACAAAAUGCACCGGUUUAGGGCUGAGCCAAUGAUUUUUUUAAAAUUAUUAUUAAUUAACCCUUUUGUCAAUUAAAUGUCUCAAAAUAGUGAAAGGAAAUCAUUUCCAACAGCCAGAGUUGACUUCUACACCCAAAGAUGUUCAAACACAUAAAAGCCAUCAAACUAACUGAAUAGAAUCAGGCCAUAUUUGGCAUUUCUGAAAUGACUCAAAUUAUCAGAAUAGUUGCAGAUUAAUUUCCAGUCAAUCGGCUAGACAAUUAACUGACUAAUUUUUGCAUCUCUUACCUGGUUAGAAACACUUCUCCUGCCUCUGCUGGUUGCCCGUGUUACCCCCUGAAACAUCUGGGAAACUUAUUUUGUACAUGCUCUAAUUCUACAUCCACACCAAUUAUUUUUCUUCCUCCUCCCCCCGAAGAUAAACCAAAGGAUGUCACACAAGCCAGAGUCCCCGUCUCCCUCCCUCGCGCUUCUCCUCCUCGUCAGCACUUCCCUUUAUUAUAUUGCACUAAUCCAUUCCUUAAUUACAACAAACUUCUUCUUUUUUUAUGUUCCAGCUACUAAUAUAUCCGCGGGGGGACCUACAGUGUAUUAUUUAUGUGUGUGUGUGUGUGUGUUUGGUAGAGAAGGAAACAGUAAAGAUGUCAUGGCUGCUUUUUGUCAGUGCAAACUGUAUAUUUCUAUUAUUUCACCCGUAGAGGAAUCGGCCAACGUGUCAGCAUGUUGCACAACCUGUUGAAUCCCAUGGAAAAUAUACGGUAUAUAUAUGAGUGUGUAUAUAUAUAUGUAUAUAUAUAUAUAUAUAUAUAUAUAUAUAUAUAUAUAUAUAUAUAUAUAUAUAUAUAUAUAUAUUACUAGAGUCAUUCCAUUUCAUUUUUCAAUCAGCUCUGACAUACUUAUAUAAAUAUAGAGUAUAUAUAUGUAUGUAUUCACACUGUUAAUGUGAUUUAGAUUUGAAAAAGGCAUCUGGGUGGAGGCCUGACGCGUUGUGUGGACAAACGUAGCAGCAGUAGACGUGUAUUUGGAUUGAAGGGGGGUGGGAAUGCGUGGGAGGGUGUUCGAUACUUAAUUGAGUCGUGGAGGAUUUCACACCACACUCAUUCAUUGCCUUUUAACCUGCAAGUGUUUUACUGUCACUCAGAAAGCGAGUGGCGUCGGAGUGUGUGUACCUUAUAGACAUAGAGAGUACCCGAUUGCUUGCCUACACUGCAAACACCCCGCUCUGCAACAUUGGAUAAGCCGUAAAAAACUUUCUAACACUCUAAAGCCAUCUUUUCUCUAUUCGAGUAGACCGAGUCCUCUUACUCCAACAAAAAUCCCCAUGAUUGGGUCUUUUUUUAUGUCUAUUAACGCCCAGAUUCUUCAAAAAGGUGAUAUAUAUUCUCCUACUUUACAAUUUCUCCUUGUUAAAACUAUUUUAUUAUGUCGAUUUUCCUAAGAUGGCAUAUGCAAUAUAUUUUUAGAUGUACUAUUUUUAGAAAAUGAGCUUAAAAAAACAAGAUAAGAAUAUGCAUUAUUUUUGAUUCAGUUCAAAUUGAAGUCAUCACAGCGUUAAUUGAGAUUUGACCAAAUGGAAGAGGAGAAUGAAGUCACAUGACCCGAGGUUGUCGAUAGAACGCUGUGAGGAACUCCCUUCCAGGCGAUUUCUAAUGAAGUGUACAUAUCUGAAUCCAGGAAGCACCGGGCACUCUUUAAACGAGCAGACAGCCAAUGCACAGUGUAGUAUUUUUUUUGCAAGAUCUGUAAUAAAUAUAUUUAAAGUAAGAGAUAUUUAAAUGGAGUUAACAAUACAAUAUAUUAAGAUUUCAAUUUAACUUAUUUGGAAAUACUGUGUCUUAUUGAUUAACUAUAUCCUGUUUCUUUGCGCUCCAGGAUAGAAAUUAGUUCUGUUUAUUUGUAACUUAUGAGUUUAGAAAUUAAGUGGUUGAAAGAGAUGUAAAUGUUGUGUUUAUAUCAUUUAGUCGUCAGUGGGUGGAGACCAGACCAAAGCACACCCUGGCUGAAGUGGAGUCACAUAUUUGAUUCCCUUUUCAUCCUUAAAAAGUCGAAUCUGACCCUAUAUCUCUGGAUAAGAGGUGACUUCUAGCUCUCCUGCCUAACCUGACUGACCUUAAGUGACGUUUGGGAGAAUGCCGGCAACAUGGUCACCUGAGCCUUUAUUGAUUGGUCCUAUUAGGGGAGGGACGGAGCCAGUGCAACUGAGACAGGACGGUACGUCCUCUGGGCUCCAGGUAGAAGAUCCCUCGGGUGCUAAAUUUAGAGAAAGGAAACUGGUCUAUGUCCUAGACCAGUUUCCCUUCUCUAAAUUUAGCACAAUAUUGUAGAGAGUUUUCAUGGAGUGUCGGGAAUUAGGGACUGUAUGAAAAUUAGAAUUACUUGUGCCGGGUUAUGUGUUUAUAAGUGUUCUUAAGGGGCGGGACUCAAUUUAUUUUAGGAGAGCAGGGGAUGGUGAUCUCACCCAAGAAUUCUAUUUUUGAUGUAACUUUAGAUUGAAAAAGUGUAUUAGCACCAAUAGACUGUUUGUUUGUGUUUUCCCGUUUUAAUCUCUGCAAAAAAUGUAUCAUUUGUAAGAUUCUAAUGGGUCACUUUAAACAUUUUCAUUUUUAAAGUGGCGGUAAAAAAUACAAUAAUAGUUAUUUGGAGGACGUUGCUUUUUUUAUAAAAUAAAAUGCAGGUUUGUUCUGUCCUCCGCACUCUUAUGAUUUUCACACAGUCCCUUACUCAAGUCAUUAAAACUACAAGGUUUUCCAGUGAUCUUACAAGAAGUGAAGGACUCUGAAUAUAAUAAAUGAGUCGGUGGAUUUGAUGAUUUGCUGAACAGCUUCUCCCAGCAUCCAAAUCAGCUGGCCACCGUUGCCUUUCUCCCAGAUGUGCAUUGACUGUGUUUGUCCCCUAGAGGGCAGGAACCCUGUGUGUGCAGAACUGUCUCAUGGCCACCUCCCAACGCAGCUUCCUCCCUCGUUUUCUGUCAAUGCAUCCUUGUCUUUUUGCUACUAAGAGUGAUGCAGGAGAAAAGGAGACGAAGAACUCUCAUUAAAAGGAAGUCGCCAUGAGUAAUCCUCCCGAGUGUUGGCCAGCCCUGCAGAAAGCAUGGACUAGAUUGUAUGUUAUUAUUUAUGUGACUUUUCUAGCAGCUUUGCAUGGACACAGCCAUGGCAACAAGGCAGGGCCAGCACUGGGGAGGGGUUUCUGUGCACGUAGGGUGUACAUAGUGGCAGGGGUCAAACACUGAGUGACCUUUAGUGAUGCCACACAGGAAGUGUGUUCACUCGAAAAAACAAAAGCACCCGACCGAACGAUGAGAUUCUGCUUUCUGUGUGGUCUGUAUCGAUGCUUAUUGUCAACAUAUAUUUUGAUACAUUUGGAAGAAACGGGGGAUUAUGCGCAGUAAAAAGUCUAGAUAUUUUUUGAGUAGAGAAGCAAUGUGUGUAUCAGAUUAUUGUCACUUUGUCAUGCUCUCUGAGGAUCUCUUGGAUUUUUUGGAAGAAUUAUAUAACAUCCCUACUGAUUUAAUGUUGAAAGAAUAUUUAUAAAUUUUAAGUCCUUUGUGAAAA